AUGAGUUUGAUGGAUUUAUCACCAGGCUCCAGUUUUAAGAGUGGAUUGUCGAUCACAUAUACAAUUUUUUUGUUUGUGAAUCCGACUUCUGGAGGAAAUAAAGCAUCAGUGUUCACGAAAUCAGGAAUGGAUAUGUUUAAAAUAUCUAAUCCUGUUCCAGCAAGUGUGCAUAUAUAUGAUAUACGGCAAGGAGAGACAGGGAAGAAAGAGGGAUUUCUAAGAGUAAAAGAAAUCACAAAUAGUAUGAAUGAUAAUUCAAUUCCUUUAUACAUAAUUGCAGCAGGUGGAGAUGGAACGGUUAUGUGGUGUGUGGAUGAAUUAGAAAAAACCAAUGUUGAUUUUGAUAAAUUGGUAAUAGGUGUAAUACCUUUUGGGACAGGGAAUGACUUCUCAAGAGCUUUAAAUUGGAUGACAGUUUUAGAUAACCCAUUUGAUAAUGGUCUAUAUAGAUUUAGGCAACUAAUUAGCGAAUGGGUUAACGCAGACAUCAUUGAGCAUGAUAUUUGGUCAGUAAAGGCUGUGGUGGAUAGUUAUGGUUGCUUUUAUAAAGUUGACUCUUAUUCCAGAAAAAAGAAGGUUAUUAAUAAACAAGGUAGAGGGAGUAUAAGACAAAGCAAUCAUGAAUUUUCUAAAGGAGUUGAUAGAGGAUCCAAUACUAUUGCUACUGAGUUGACUUUUAGAAUGUCGAACUACUUUAGUGUUGGUGUGGAAUCAAGAAUUGGUAUAGGUUUUGACAGAUACCGAACUAAGAAUGCAUUCUUAAACAAGAUGAGGUAUGCUCUUGAAGGAUUUAAGAACACAUUUCGUCACACAACUCCCGUUUAUGAUAUAAUUGAUAAAUGCACACUAAAUACUGCUUUUACUGAAGAAGAUUCCGAUCUAUUAAUUUCAUCAGAAAAAGUUUUGUUUGUAACCGAUCAGUCCGCCAAGUUUAAAAAUAAUUCAUGCACAUGUUCUAAAGGAGGCAAUGACUUAGUUGAUAAUCAAAACUCUAUUUCCGAAUACAACCACAGCCAUGCUGUUGGCCACUAUCAGAACUCUGUUGAAAAUCCUUCACCAACUUUAAUGCCAUGCGCUUCUUUAAUAUUUAUUAACAUUCCAUCUUUUGCUUCUGGAAAUGAUAUCUGGAGAUAUUGUAAAGGUAACUGUGGGAUAAGGUUUAAGUCAAGACGUGAGUCUAUUGAACACAUGCUUUUUGAACAACAAAAAAUGGGUGAUGAAGUUAUUGAAUGUGUAUCAUUCCCUUCAGCUGUUGCUAUUGGACUUGAGAUAGCUAUUAAGGGCAUGGGAAGAAGAGUUUUCCAAAAUAAGGGACCAGUUCGACUUCAUUUUAAGCAGAAGAAUUCCCUUGCCACGGGUAAAAAAGUUUAUUUCCAAGUUGACGGGGAAUUUUUGAUUGCUUAUCAUCCUUUAUAUUUUGAUGUAUCACAUUCUAGAAAAAUUAAGGUUUUGCAGGCAAAAACAGAUAGAGCCCUACAUUCUACAACACUUUUUAAUAACUUUAAAUCUAAUUGA